UGAAAAGAAAUCCAUUAAUGCAAACUGCAUGGCUAUUAUCAAUCGAGAGAUAAUUAGCUACGCUCCAGUAUCUAUCGAUAUGCAAACACCGAGUAAUUCGAUAGAGAGAUAAAGGGCGUACUAAUUGAGGAGAAUCUCUGGAAAAGUGCUAAAUUGCCGUGUGGAGAGUUCCAUUUUCCCGAUAAGAACCCCUCGCAGUAUUCAAAGUGAGUUGAAUCGCCACAGAGCUUCAGAAAAAUGCCCAAAGUGAACAAAUUCCGGGAGGAUCGUGAGGAAAGGACGCUGAAGGCAAAAAUCAGGCGUUCAAAAGCGAAUUUCCGGGAACGCAAUAGAAUGUCCAGUCUCAAUCGGGCUCUGGACAAUUUACGUGCCCGAGUCCCUCUCAAUCCAACCCAGGCUACCCUGGAUCUGGAUCAGAAUCCCAGUCAGAAAUUGUCCAAGAUUGAGACGCUGCGGCUCGCCUAUAAUUACAUCAGUGCCCUGGGGCAGACUUUGAAUUGGGGAAGGAGAUUGCAUUUUGAAGAAUUGAUCUACAUCCUGGCCAGAGGCCUAAGUCAGACCACUGUGAAUCUUCUAAGAGCUCGUUUGCGUUUCGAUCUGGACUACCAUCUGGCACAGUGUCUCAUUGAGGACACACCUGAGGAUUCUGGAAUGAAAUUCUGGUGCUCCUGUCACUCCAGGACCUCCUCCAGCAACUGUGACACUCUGUCCGGAGCCUCGAGUGAUUCCAGGGCCACGGGAAGUACUGAAUGGUUGGAUUUUGAGCAGAACAACUUUGACUUCUUCCUCUAGGGCAUUAUAAUUGGAUUGUCGCAAAUGGGGCAGGUGAUCUCUUGAUCAGGGUCCAGAAGGAGGAUUUCAGUGAGCGUGGCUCGGUCAUUGAGGAUUAGUUGAUCGCAUUGUGAGCAGGUUGUUUCGUUCAUGAUAAAAAGCUGAAAA